AUGAUUGACGCUGAUUUCUUUCCGUCACUGACGGCCCCCGCCACAACCUCCUCGGUGGCGCCUAUCCCGACAGUCCUUCCAGGCUCCGAAGUUUUCCAAGAACUCCAUGACGUCGGAAAGCGGACCUUGUGGGUUGUCACUGUGUUGAUGGGCAUCUCCUCAUUGGUGUUCUACACUCUUGCAGCCCGAGCGCCACUACCAAAGCGAAUCUUCCACAUCCUGACCUCCCUAAUAACAACAAUCUCUUUCAUCACCUACCUUGCCCUCUCAACCGGCCAAGGAAUAACCACCAAACAUGUCCGCAUCGAAGAAUACCACAAGCACGUCCCAAACACCCACACAGAUUACUCGCGCCAAAUUCUCUGGCUGCGAUACCUCAACUGGGCUCUAACAACACCGCUUGUGUUCAUCAACUUUGCCCUCAUCUCCGGUCUGCCAGGCGCACACCUGCUCAUCGCCAUCGUCGCAAACCUGUUCAUGCUAGCGACCGGUUUACUGGGCUCAUUCGCUGGCCACGGUCGUGAGCGCUGGGUUUGGUUGGCCAUUUCAUGCAUCUCCUACUUGGUUGUCGCUCAACAUAUCGGAUUCAAUGCUAUGCGCGCGGCGAGUAGCAAGGAUGCGCAGACAAAGAAGUUCUUCGGGUCUGUUGCUGGGUCGGCACUUGUUGCCUUGGCUCUCUUCCCUAUUUCCCUUGGCGCCGGUGCUCUCGCUCUCCGGCUGAGUGUUGAUACCGAGACAAUUCUCUUCGCUGUGCAGGAUAUCUUCACGCAGGGUAUCCUGGGAUACUUCCUUCUUUUGGCUCAUGAUAACGCGGCUGGAAUUUCGCUCUACCUGGAUGGUUUCUGGUCUCAUGGAAUCGGUAACGAGGGCACUAUCCGCAUCGCCGAUGAGGAGGGUGCCUAG